AUGGACAGACUUGUUAAGCCUGAAUUGGAGGAACUCAAACUCUGCUUCAACAAAGGCCAAAAGUCUUCUGCAACUUUCAAGUUAAGCAAUCUCAUGCACACCAUGUCUGUAGCUGUUGGUCUUUCUACCACCAGGCCUUCUGUUUUCUCUUUUUCACAUCCAUUUACUAUUAUUCCUCCCCUCUCCACAGCUUCCUUCACUCUUUUCUUGACUAAUUCUUGUGAUCAGCCUCCUCUUUCGACCCCUUUGGACACCAUUAUGGUUAAGUCAUCGAUGCUUCCUACUGGUAAAGCCAGUCAGGAUGAUCUUCGCCGUCUUUUCUCAAGAACUGGAUCACAUAUCUUCAAAGAUGCCAAGAUUCCCAUAUCCAUUGUCGGUCCACAAGUUGUGGAAUUUCUUCUUUCAUCCAAUUCUUCGGUUUCAUCAAACACUUUAUUGGAUGUCAGUUUGCUUCUACCAAAAGCCUUGUCUAUGUGUAGUGGCUGUCAGCUUGAUUCACUGCUUAAAUCUGCUGCCAAGAAUGGAAAUUCCAACUGUCUUUCAGCUUUGAUUGAGGCUGGUUCUGAUGUUAAUAGAAGGGAUUUAGAUGGGGACUCCGCUAUGUCACUGGCUGUGAAAUCUGGAAAUCUUGAUUCUGUUCAGGUCCUGAUUGAGUCUGGUUAUACUAUUAACAACUCUUUUGAUAGAUUUCUGCAUUAUGCAGCAGCCAUGGACCGCGUGGACUUGAUGGAGAUUCUUUGUUUGGGUUAUGCUGACAUAGAUUUGAACUCAUUUGAUUCACAAGGUAGAACUCCCCUUCACAUAGCAUCGAUUCAUGGACAUGUUGAGGUAAUUCAGUUUCUUGUUUCAGUAGGGAGUGAUACAGAUAUGUUAGACUCUAAAGGUUGGACUCCUUUGCAUUUUGCUGCUCACCAAGGCCAUGUUGAAGCAGCUGGCUUCUUACUGAAUCAUUCCAAUUUUGCAAAAUAUGUUGUGACGAAACAAGGGAAGACUGCCUAUGAGCUUGCUAUCGAUAAGGGCCACUCCGAAUUGUAUGAUCUUUUACAAUUGGGAGACACUCUGCAUAGGGCUGCAAGAAAAGGGGAUGUUGCUAAUAUCAAGAAAUGUAUCGCUGAAGGGGCGAAUGUGAAUGGAAGAGAUCAGAAUGGUUGGACUCCUUUGCAUAGAGCAGCUUUUAAGGGUAAAAUUGAUGGGGUAAAGGUAUUGGUAAAGCAUGGAGCUAAGCUUGAUGUUGUUGAUGAUUGUGGACACACCCCGCUUUAUCUUGCUAUUGAGGCUGGACAAAAGGAAGUCACGAUGUAUUUAAUUGCUCAAGGUGCUAAGGCUAAUUUGAAGAGCUUUAAAGCUAAAGGAGUGGUUUCUUGUGAUUUGGACUGUUUCAAGAGUCAUCAUUCACAUCUACAUACUUACAAGUUUGUAUAA